GGCGCGCAGGCGGGCUGCGUCCCGGCCGGCUGCAGAGCAGGCCUGGAGCCGCGAGGCCACACCCCGCCGGGGCGGAGGGCGCUUCCCCGCCGGUGAAUCAUCGCCAGCAGCGUAGCCCGCAGUCCCGUUGCGGAGUGCAAGGCCCGGCCGCGCCCCUGCACCGAGCCCCGAGCCCAGCACCGAGCCCCCGAUCUCGAUCGCCGCGCAGCCGGGCACCAUGGCGGGCAUCGCGGCCAAGCUGGCCAAGGACCGGGAGGCGGCCGAAGGACUGGGCUCGCACGAGAGGGCGGUCAAGUACCUCAACCAGGACUACGAGGAGCUGCGGAACCAGUGCCUGGAGGCCGGGGUGCUCUUCCAGGACCCCUCCUUCCCCGCCAUCGCCUCUUCCCUGGGCUUCAAGGAGUUGGGACCCCACUCCAGCAAGACGCAGGGCAUCGAGUGGAAGCGGCCCACGGAGAUCUGCGGUGACCCCCAAUUUAUUGUCGGAGGAGCCACGCGCACCGACAUCUGCCAAGGAGCCCUGGGUGACUGCUGGCUGUUGGCGGCCAUCGCCUCCCUCACCCUGAAUGAGGAAAUCCUGGCCCGAGUCGUCCCCUUAGACCAGAGCUUCCAGGAGAACUACGCAGGGAUCUUCCGCUUCCAGUUCUGGCAGUACGGCGAGUGGGUGGAGGUGGUGGUGGACGACCGGCUGCCCACCAAGGACGGGGAGCUGCUGUUCGUGCACUCUGCGGAGGGGAGCGAGUUCUGGAGCGCCCUGCUGGAGAAGGCCUACGCCAAGGUCAACGGCUGCUAUGAAGCACUCUCAGGGGGCGCCACCACCGAGGGCUUCGAGGACUUCACGGGCGGCAUCGCCGAGUGGUAUGAGCUGAGGAAGGCCCCCUCCAACCUGUUCAAGAUCAUCCAGAAGGCUCUGCAGAAAGGCUCCCUCCUGGGCUGCUCCAUUGACAUCACCAGUAUGGCAGACUCAGAGGCCGUCACGUUCCAGAAGCUGGUGAAGGGGCACGCGUACUCCGUCACCGGAGCCGAGGAGGUGGAAAGCAGAGGAAGCCUGCAGAAGCUGAUCCGCAUCCGGAAUCCCUGGGGAGAGGUGGAGUGGACCGGGAAGUGGAGCGACAACUGCCCCAACUGGAACACUGUGGACCCAGAGGAGAAGGAGCGGCUGACCCAAAGGCGUGAAGACGGGGAAUUCUGGAUGUCCUUCAGCGACUUCCUGAGGCACUACUCCCGCCUGGAGAUCUGCAACCUCACGCCCGACACCCUCACCAGCGACAGCUACAAGAAGUGGAAGCUCACCAAGAUGGACGGGAACUGGCGGCGCGGCUCCACCGCGGGAGGCUGCAGGAACUACCCGAACACGUUCUGGAUGAACCCCCAGUACCUGAUCAAGCUGGAGGAGGAGGACGAGGACCAGGACAACGGCGAGAGAGGCUGCACCUUCCUGGUGGGCCUCAUCCAGAAGCACCGGCGGCGGCAGAGGAAGAUGGGCGAGGACAUGCACACCAUCGGCUUCGGCAUCUACGAGGUUCCGGCGGAGCUGGCCGGACAGACCAACAUCCACCUCAGCAAAAACUUCUUCCUGACGCACCGGGCGCGGGAGCGGUCCGACACCUUCAUCAACCUGCGGGAGGUGCUCAACCGCUUCAAGCUGCCCCCCGGGGAGUACAUCGUGGUGCCCUCCACCUUCGAGCCCAACAAGGACGGGGACUUCUGCAUCCGGGUCUUCUCCGAGAAGAAGGCCGACUACCAAGUCGUCGACGACGAGAUCGAGGGCAACCCUGAAGAGAUUGAGGUCGAUGAGGACAGCAUUGAUGACGGGUUCAGGAAGCUGUUUGCCCAGCUGGCCGGAGAGGAUGCAGAGAUCUCCGCCUUCGAGCUGCAGACAAUCCUGAGACGGGUCCUCGCCAAGCGCCAAGAUAUCAAGUCAGACGGCUUCAGCAUCGAGACCUGCAAGAUCAUGGUCGACAUGCUGGACUCCGACGGCAGCGGUAAGCUGGGCCUGAAGGAGUUCUACGUUCUCUGGAAGAAGAUUCAACAGUACCAAAGAAUUUACCGGGAAAUCGACGUGGACAGGUCUGGGACCAUGAACUCCUACGAGAUGCGGAAGGCGUUGGAAGAAGCAGGCUUCAAGCUGCCCUGCCAGCUGCACCAAGUCAUCGUCGCUCGCUUCGCGGACGACGACCUCAUCAUCGACUUCGAUAAUUUUGUCCGGUGUUUGGUUCGACUGGAAACACUCUUCAGGAUAUUCAAGCAGCUAGACCCCGAGAACACUGGAACCAUCUCCCUGGACCUUAUCUCCUGGCUCUGUUUUUCGGUGCUUUGAAGCUGUAACUCACCUGCCCGAAGACAUCCCAUUAAAGAAAGUCAGCCAUGGACUAAGCUUCCACAGAGAAACUUUUUAUCUGGACCUUGAUUAUGGGAACAUUUACUUAAACCAAUGAUUGUAGCUAAAAAUAAUACUAUUUGAGAUAGUAAAAAAAUUGCAUAUCAUUAGACUAAAUGCGAGUGAGUCGCUUAACCCUCCACAAGCUCAAAGAAAGCUUAAAAUCUGUAAAUAGUAUACACUUUUUACUUUUACACACGGUCCUGUGUAGAGCAAUAUGAAACCAGGAAAAUAGUGCAGGGAGGUAUUUAACAGCUGAGCAAACAUUGGGUCGCUCUCAAAGGACACGAGGUCCUUGCUGGGAACACUGAAAGCAAGGUCAAGUUGAACAACGCAGCUGUGACAGUUACCAAACAGCAGCUCAGGGCUCAUCGUUUCCCUGGAGUAACAUCAAAAAUAGGACGGUCACGAAGUGAUCCUGUAAAGGCAUCUGAAGAAGCCAGGUGAGAGCGCUCGCCUCUGUCACCCGAGUUACACGAGAGACAGGUUUCAGAGGGCACCGAGUGGUUAGCAGCGAGUCUUCCGAAACCUGAGUGUCCUGUGUACUGAAGGGACUCCUCUCCUGGUCAGCGGGAGCCGCCCACGGCAGCCAGGCAUCCCGUGUGCGCACCAGCCGUGAGGACGACGGACCGAACCACUUGCGGCCCACCCCAGCACUUCCCAAACUUGGCCGUCUGCAGCCUCUGUGCAUGGAGUUGCGGGGACAGGCGCCAUGUCUGUAGAAACGACACGAACUUGUUUCAUGGCUUUGCCUUGGGAGUACGCUAACCUCGUAAAACUAUUGCCUUGUUGCCUUACCUUCUGACAAAUGUACUGUUAAAUAAAGAGUUGCCUGGGCAGUCCA